AUGACACUGCUGCUGUGCCUGAGUGGGACAAGGCAAUCCACUCCUUCAUCGGCAGUGCCGGGAUCUCACCUUUCAACGGGAAAGCCGGGGGAAGCUCACAGACGGAUGAAACGUGGCUGGGUGUGGAACCAAUUCUUUGUGUUGGAGGAAUACACAGGCACCGACCCGUUGUACGUGGGGAAGCUCCACUCUGACGUUGACCGAGGAGAUGGCUCAGUCAAGUACAUUCUCUCAGGAGAGGGUGCAGGCUCCAUCUUCAUCAUUGAUGAGAGCACAGGGGACAUCCAUGCUACCAAAAGGCUGGACCGUGAGGAACAGGCUUACUAUGCCCUCCGCGCACAAGCUGUUGACCGGAUAACGAACAAACCUGUCGAACCACUGUCCGAGUUUAUCGUGAAAAUACAGGACAUCAAUGAUAAUGAGCCACGAUUUCUAGAUGGUCCGUACGUGACCAGUAUUCCGGAGAUGUCUCCCGUGGGAACAUCCGUGAUUCAAGUGACAGCAACCGACGCUGAUGAUCCUACUUACGGGAGCAGUGCCAGGGUGGUGUACAGUAUCCUCCAGGGGCAGCCUUAUUUCUCCGUAGAGCCCAAGACAGGAAUCAUCAGAACAGCUCUGCCAAACAUGGACCGUGAGGUUAAGGAUCGCUACCUACUGGUUAUACAAGCUAAAGACAUGGUUGGACAGAUGGGAGGCUUGUCUGGGACGACAUCAAUCACUGUUACUCUGAGCGAUGUCAAUGACAACCCACCUCACUUCACUCGCAGGUUUUAUCAGUACAAUGUUCCAGAAUCUUUACCUGUGGCUUCAACAGUGGCUAAAAUAAGAGCUCUCGAUGAUGACAUUGGACCAAAUGCUGAAAUGGAAUACCAAAUUAUUGACGGGGAUGGCUUUUCUGUUCUCAAGAUUGAAACUGACAUGGAGACCCAAGAGGGCAUUGUAACUCUUCAGAAGGAGUUGGAUUUUGAAAAAAAAUCAAGCUACAGUCUGAAGAUUGAAGUCUCCAAUAAAAACACCGACCCAAGGUUCCAGGCGCUGGGACCCUUUGCUGAUACCACCACGGUGAAGCUGGUGGUGGAGGACGUGGAUGAAGCCCCAGAGUUCAACUCGCCUCUCUACAAGAUGUCGGUCUCUGAGGCUGCAAAGGUUGGCACUGCCAUUGGCACUGUGUCUGCACAUGACCCCGACACAGCAAACAACCCUGUCAGAUAUUCCAUAGAUCGCAACACCGACCUGGAGAGAUAUUUUAACAUUGAUGCCACCACUGGAGUCAUCACAAUUGCAAAAUCACUGGACAGGGAGACAACCGAAGAGCACAACAUCACCGUUUUAGCGAUGGAGAGCCAGAAUCCCGCUCAGAUUGGAAGAGGUUUUGUUCUCAUUAGCUUGGUGGAUAUCAAUGAUAAUGCUCCAGAAUUCCCAAUGGACUAUGAAACAUUUGUAUGUGAGAAUUCCAAUCAUGGUAAGACAAUUCAGAGAAUCAGUGCAGUGGACAGAGAUAAACCCCCCAGUGGACACCACUUCCAUUUCUCACUUGCUGCCGGGCCUGCCAAUAACCUGAAUUUCACAGUGCAAGAUAACAGAGAUAACACAGCCACGAUUCUGACUCGGAGAGCUGGAUUCAGUCGACAAGAACAGGCUGUUUACUUCCUGCCCAUUGUGAUUGUGGACAACGGGAUUCCGCCUUUGAGCAGCACCAGCACCCUCACCAUCCGGGUCUGUGCUUGUGAUGACGAUGGCAUUGCUCAAUCUUGCAACGCUGAAGCCUUCAUCCUGCCCGCUGGCCUCAGCACCGGAGCACUAAUUGCCAUACUGGCCUGCGUUCUGACACUAUUAGUACUGGUGCUGCUCAUUGUGACACUGAGAAGGCGCAAGAAGGAGCCCUUGAUAUUUGAUGAAGAGAAGGACAUUAGGGAGAACAUAGUCAGGUACGACGAUGAGGGGGGCGGUGAGGAGGACACGGAAGCUUUUGACAUGGCUACGCUGAGGAAUCUCAAUUUCAUUCAGGAUGUGAAAACACGACGGGAUGUCACGCCCGAAGUUCAGUUGUUUUCGAAAGCUGCACACAAGCUGUCUCCUGAUAACAUCAUCUUCAGGGAAUUUAUCUGGGAGAGGAUGAAAGGUGCUGACACAGAUCCCUGUGCUCCUCCGUAUGACUCUCUCCAGACAUAUGCAUUUGAGGGGAACGGCUCAGUAGCAGAAUCACUCAGCUCCUUAGAGUCCAUCACCUCAGCAUCGGACCAGAAUUACGAUUACCUCAGUGACUGGGGACCCCGUUUCAAAAAACUGGCAGACAUGUACGGUAACUCCAAGGACGGUAUGAACUCUUAGUUACACCCCUUCCAACAAUGCACUGAUUUUUUUUUGUAAGCGGGACAGUUUCGGGAUUGGUCGGAGGGAGGGGUGGGCUGGAAUGUAAAUACAAAACCAUUUUUUAAGAGUCUUACUUUGCCUCUUCUUAAGUGGUGCAGUUUCAUCUGAAUUCCCAUGGAAAACACACAAAUCAACCAGAUUGUGAGCAUUGCUUAACUUUUUAUUUCGAUAUGAAGGGUUAAAAUGACAGCAAUGCGAGGUUAUAAACGUUAUCUCUUCUGAUUUGUACAGGAGAAUUAAUCUUUUCAUUUUGUUUUGUUACACAGUGAUAUAUUUAUAAUAAAAAGCCAAACCCCACCGUGUUUGAGCCAGGCUUGUGUACUAGCUCAGGAUCAGAAAUACAAGUGCUUGCUGACUGUAACUCCUCUCCAGAAUACAUGAGAUGAAAUAAAGCAUGAGCAAAUCUAAUUGUAGCAAAUUAAUGGACGUUUUUCAUCUCUAAAAGACACGAAAGAUCACAAGGAACUAUUUUUACUGGAUCAUUGUCCAGUACAAGCUGAAAGGGAAGACAAGUAGAAAUUGUUUUUUAAAUGUCAAAAUUGGAAAUCUCAUCAUAUGUCAUAAUCUGUGGGAAAAAAAAGAAUUCAGGCUCAGUUUUGUAGACAAU